AGAUGUAGUGGAGUAAAAGUACAAGAAUGGAAAGAAAAGAUUCAGUAUAAGUACCUGAAAUUUGUACGUAGGUACAAUUCUUGAGUAAAUGCAUUUAGUUACAUUUCACCACUGGAUUUUGGACAGUGUGCUAUUUAUAAAUACUGCUCUAUGGUGCACUUUGUAAUUUUAUAAAUAGGUUUACCAGUGCGUCAAUCCAAGUCAUAGGAAAAGUUUCCCCACAGUCAGUUGAAGUGCUGGCACAGGCACUUUGUAACCACACUACAUUAAUUGAACCUCCAAACUGUCAAAGUAUCCCUUAAAGGAUAUUGACAGUCCUCAGGAGACUCUUGAAUAACUCUGAGCUCAUUUUGUUUCAUUCCACCAGGUGCUAACAUCCUGAGGGACUCCUCGGGGAACGUGAAGCUGGGCGACUUUGGAGCCAGCAAACGUAUCCAGACCAUCUGCAUGUCUGGUACAGGAAUCAAGUCCGUCACUGGCACCCCCUACUGGAUGAGCCCUGAAGUCAUCAAUGGGGAGGGCUAUGGCCGCAAAGCUGAUGUAUGGAGUGUCGCCUGCACUGUUGUGGAAAUGCUGACCCAGAAACCUCCGUGGGCCGAGUACGAGGCCAUGGCAGCCAUUUUUAAGAUCGCCACCCAGCCUACAAAGCCUUUGCUUCCUGAGGGUGUGUCCGACGCGUGUAGGGACUUCCUGCGGCAGGUGUUUGUGGAGGAGAAGUGGCGGCCGACUGCAGACGUUCUGCUCAGCCACCCGUUCGUCCAGGGAAGCUUCUGAGCCCUGCGGACCCCCUUCCCCUCCCCUGCCUGCCUACAAGGCCUCCGAGACACCGGCGCCUCCCCUCCUCUCCGGCCCGCCCCGUCCCCAGGGCCCUUCCCCCUCUCUUGGUCACCAGGCUCCAGGGCUCAGCAUCACUCCAGCUUUCUGCCCUGUCAUCUAUCACCAGUGUCAGCCUUGUCAGGACCCCUGCAUCUCUCACCAACUAGCUCAACCCGGAUCGCUCGCUGAGAGGCCAGGUUGACUGCUGUCAGACCUCCAGAGUCCUCCGAGGCGUCGCAGUGUGUUUCCCCAGGAGGAGACUGACGGGAAAGCACUUAGCAGUCUCACACGCUACAGACUGCUGUCCUUUAACAAGAGCAAGAAAGAGGCCAAAGUUAGAGAGCAGUGACGUCUCAGGCUCUCUGGGUCUUUGCUCAUUUACUGCCGCAGAACAGUGUUGAGGUUUGGCUUAUGUGAUCAUGACUGACUGGUGACAUUGAUCACAUCUGAUAGUACUGUAAGUUACUCACCAGCCCUCAUUAGCUGUGUGUGGAACUAAGAUGGCAAAAUAUUUUUAUACGGCUUACAAUAACGCAUACAGUCAUCUUAGCCGAUGAGUUUUCUAUUGUCACCUGCAAAAUGUAAAUGUAUUUUUGUCAACGCCUUACAAUAAGACUUUGUAAGUAAGAAUGUCUUUUUUUAAACAUCUUAGAGGGGUUGCAUUACCCAACUUUCAUGGCACUCAGAACCCCAUUUAGAAGGAUUGUCAAUAUUGCACUUUUGAUAUCAUGCAUUGAAACAUUUCCAACAUGCAGGAUAAUCAACCAAGGAGAUAUUUUUCUAUUUGAAGCAUUUUUUGUAUAAUUUCUUAAAGAAGAAUUGUGUAGUGUAAAGAAAAGAAGAACCAAACUUUUGCAUCAGUGUGCAAUGUCUAUAAAGCAAUACCAACUUUACUGUUGGAGUCUGUGACAUCCAUUCUAGCUUCCCAUGCAGUCAGCCUUGAGUCCAUCGAAAUAAAGUGGCCAAAGAGAUGUUGCAGAGA